AAAAAGGCCUCUUAAAGGCAGAUAAAACCUUUCACACCUUAGAAAGGACUGACGGGCUUAUGACUGAUGAUGAGAUCAGAUUAACAACCGCUGUUAGUUCUCAGGGAUGUAAAAGUAUUGGGUGUAAAAGUGGUCAGGACAAAUUGUGUUGGCACACGAGAUAGCUGACGUGAAUGACAGCGUUUGUCCGGAUGGAGAUGGACCUGCACUUGGAGUCAAGUUUGUGGAUAGGAAAUAAGAGAUAUCUGGCUGUCCUCACAGGCUGGCAUUUCAAAUGGACCGAAAUAGAUAAAAACCGUGAUAAGACGACAGUUUCAGUGCCUGUGGCUGAAGUGGUUGGAGUGGAGGAGGGACGAGUGGAGAUCUUGCCCCAGAAGUCUGUUGAGGAUACAGACAAAGAUUUUACAGUUUUUUACGUGAAGCGUAGCAGCAGCGGGAGUACCUAUGGGUUGCUAUGGCGGCUGGGCCGGACCCAGUUCAGCUGCCCCAGUCGGGCUCUCAGAGACCAAUGGACUAAACAUCUAAGGACUGCUCUGAAAACUCACUGUCCUUUACGUCCUCAUAGACUUCUGGUGUUCAUCAACCCAUAUGGAGGAAAGAAGAAAGGAAGACAGAUCUACCACUCUCUGGUUGCCCCUCUAUUUGAGUUGGCUGGUAUCAGCUCCCAUGUAAUAGUGACUGAGCAGGCAAACCAGGCUAGAGACCACCUGUUGAAAAAAGAUCUGACAGGCUUUGACGGUGUGGUGUGUGUGGGUGGGGAUGGCAUGUUCAGCGAAAUACUUCAUGGUGUGAUUGGGCGGACACAACAAGAGGCAGGCCUUUGUGAGAAUGAUCCUACUGUCACUUUGCAGCCUUGUCCACUGCAUAUUGGCAUCAUCCCUGCAGGUUCCACAGAUUGUGUGUGUUAUGCCACAGUAGGAGUGAUCAACCCUGUUACUUCAGCUUUGCACAUUAUCAUUGGAGACUCUCAGCCUUUGGAUGUUUGUUCAGUCCAUCAUGCCUCUGCUCUGGUUCGCUAUUCAGUGUCUCUGAUAGGCUAUGGCUUCUAUGGGGACGUACUGGCUGAGAGUGAAAAACAUCGCUGGAUGGGACCUCUCAGAUAUGACUAUUCAGGCACAAUGGUGUACCUGAGCAACAGAAGCUACACAGGCACAGUUCAGUAUCUACCAGCGGACCCACUGGUCUCCAGUCCUAGAGAUAAAACUCGCUGCCUCUCAGGGUGCAGUGUGUGCUCCAGAAGUACAGAAAGACUUUUCGCCAGCUGUUCUGAUUUGGGCUCCUUGUACAGCUCCUACUCUGGCCAAUUCAUUACUGACUCAGAAGGUGAGUGGGUAACUGUGGAGGGCAGGUUCAAGUGUGUGUCUCUCACUUGUAUGUCCAGCUCAUGUGCCAGAAGUCCUCUGGGCCUCUCUCCCUCUGCCCACCUGGCAGAUGGAACAGGGGACCUUAUCCUAGUAUGGGACACUCACCCUCUGGGUUUCCUCAAGUUCCUCUACAGGCACACGAGCACGCAGGAUCAGUUCGACCUGCCAUUUGUGGAAGUCCAUCGAGUCAAGGCGGUCCGUUUCUGUCUACCAGGGGGCAGAGACGAAGGACAUGAAGAGUCUGGGGGACUGAGUGAUGAGAUGGGUGGAGAAGAGAGAAGAUGUGGGGAGAAUGGAGGCAGAAAUGGAUCUCAGCAGAAAUCCGUGGGACGAUUGACAACAAAUGAGGAGAAAACAGUGACCACUUUCAUGUGUCUGUGCUGUAAGAAAGCUCCCACUGCGUCCGUUUGGAAUUGUGAUGGGGAGAUCUUGCCUGUCACUGAUAUCUUAUGCAAGGUCCACGGUCGGUUAGUGCAUCUGUAUGCCAGGGGGAUCGAGGAUGGAGCUGCCAUACGCAACUACAGCCAGGAGAGGGACCAGUGUGAUAGGACAUGCAUUCUACAGAAAUAAUAUAACUUUUUUGAUAAAGAGGAAAACAAGAAAAUAGAAAGGAAAAAUACAUGAUUGCAAUGCGGAAUUGUAAAACAUCUGGUCUAGUAAGUGUUGAUUUCAGAAGAGUUUUUACUAAACUACUUUUAGUAGUUUUCUCAGUGUAUUAAUAAAAAGUAUUGUAGUGUAUCUAUUUAUUCUAGUUACAUAUAUGUAUUGUGUUUACUGAAAUUGUUCCCUCUGCACUUCACGAUGGUUUUCUGCACAAAGCUAAUUUGAUCCGUUACUGUAAAUAGUGUGUGAGCUGGUAAUGGUCUGUUUUUGGAUGUCUUUUUUUGUUUUUUUGUUUCUUUUUCUGUUUUUACUACUUGAACUUCUAGAAAAUAAAUGAAUAAUGAAUGAUAACAAUUGGACUAAAAAACAAAAUAAAUAAAAAAUAAU